AUGAUUACUCCAUUUUUCACAAUUGAUCAAGAUGAUGAGUUUAUAUACGUAGAUAUAAAGAUAAAUCAUAUAAGAUUUAAUGCUCCUAAUAUAGAAAUGAUUAUUGAUAAUGAUUUGUUUAUUUUUUCAUUACCUCCAUAUUAUUUAAGAUUAAGAUUUCCAUUUAAUUGUAUUGAUGAUGAUGAAAGGUCAAGUUCAAGAUAUGAUUCAGUUACAGAAUGUGUUAAAGUUAAAUUACCAAAAGAAAACAAAGGUCAAUUUUUCCCUGAUUUAGAUUUAACUGCAAAAUUAUUGGCUAGAUCAAAUGAAAAUGAAAAAAAGCCACUUAAGGAUGAAAAACCUUUAAUUGAGGAAUUAGAUGUGUAUAAUAGUAAAGGACAACAAGCGGUGAAAGAUUUUGAAGAAGGUGAACAAUUUGAUUGGGAAAUUAAACAAGAAGAAGCCAAACAAGAUGACAAUAUAUCAAAUUCUAAUAAAUAUGGUUUUAAUAAUCAGUAUGAUUCAAUCAUUGGUGUUUCUGUGGCUAAUGGUAACGAUAUAAAUGAACUAGGAGACCCUGAAAAUACCCCAGAAACUGAUAGAAUAAUAGAGAGAUUAAUCAGAGAGAAUAUUAAAUUUGAUCCCGAGAUUUAUGCUGCUGAUUAUAUAAUUGAAAAAUAUCCAACUAAUGAUGAUGAUAAAUUGUUUCAAAACUUAAUAAAUUGGAAGAAUCUAAUCACUUCAAAGUUUCUAAAAUGGUAUAAAUCGCAGCAAGCAUUAGCUGAAUCAGAAAGAGAUACAAUCAUGCCAGUUGAAUUUUCAACUAAAGAACAAGAACAGAUGAUGAAUUUACCUAAGAAGUCAUACUUGAUAGAAGCAGCAUACAAGCCAGAGAUCUUAAUUUUAAUUAUUUGCUUAUUAUUUUCAUAUCAUUUUGAUCUUAGGGAGAAUGAAGGGGAACAUAACAUAGAAAGUGCAUGGACAAUAGGGAAAAUUACACCACAAAUAUCAUUCUUAGACUCAAAAUUAAUAAUACAAAAUGAUGUAAAUGUAUUAAAAUCUGCCAUAAUAAUAUGUACAAGACGGGCAUUAUCAUAUCCCUUACAUAAAAGUUGGAAUUUGAUAUUGAAAGUUUGGCAAGAUGUUUAUUAUAACUUAAGAGGUGGUAAAAGAUUAAUAUUAAAAAGUUUGUUGGAUUUAAAAGAAUUAUUCAGAUUCCAUGAUAUAUAUUACGUUUAUGAUAAAAUCUGGUUACAGGAUUUAUGCUCAUAUUUAAUUAGUGAUAAUAUUACUGAGUUGACGAUUAGAAAUUUAGCUCAUGAUUUCAAAAAGCAAUUAGAUACACUAGAGAAGAUAGAUAUAAUAUUUGAAAAAGUAAAUACUGAGAAAAUGGAGGUUGAUGAAGGUGAGAACGAAGAAGUCGACGAAGUUGACGAGAUGGUGGCUUUGAAUUUACAGGAGAUUGAAAUGAUGGCUGACCAAUCUUUUAAGGAAUAUCAAGAACAACAAUAA